AUGGCCUGCAGAGCUGACACCGAGCUGAAACUUCAAAGCUUUAAAUUUACAGUUCCCUCAGAGCAGAUAAACAAACUGGACGAGGAUGAAUCUGAUUUACUCAUGCAAGACUCUGAGCCUGAUGUUAUCCCUGAUGCCAUACUACAGGUAGAAGGAGAGUCUUUUUAUGUCAACCGUCAACAGCUUGCUCUCCAGAGUCCUUACUUCAGGGCUCUGUUCUUUGGCUGUGGUGUAGAGAGCACCAAAAGGCACAUUGAGCUCAAAGGUGUGGGCCUGCAGCAUUUCAGGGCCCUGAUGGACUACAGCAAGACAUCCAGUCUAGCUUUGGACAGAGAAAAUGUUCUGGGGAUCCUUGAGACUGCAGACUUCCUCCAAUUAGAGCAAGCCAGGCUGCUGUGCUGCAAGUUUCUUGAGCGUGAGCUGCACCUCAGCAACUGUUUGGGAAUGAUGGUGUAUGCCUGGCAGCUGGGUUGCACGCAGCUCUACACUGCAGCACGACAGGUAGUGCUCACACACUUUUCUGCUGCUGUUGCUGAAGAGGACUUUUUGUUCCUGUCUAAGGAGACAUUGGCACAUCUUCUGGCCAGUGAUGACCUGGCCAUCCAUAAAGAUGACCUGGCCCUUGAGGCGACACUACGCUGGGUGUCAUUUGAUCAUAGUCGAGAGGAACACUUUCUGGAGCUCAUUGAGCUGGUGAGGCCUGAGUCACUCUCUUUACCAUUUAUCACUGAUCUUUUGAUCAGAAUGAAAAGCUCUGACCCCCGAGCCAAGCUCAUCUGCAGGCUGAAUGAACAUUAUCCAGCUUCUUGGUCAGUAGGUAGGUCAAUACAGAGAACCAGGGCCAGAGAGACCCUCUUUGUCCUGGGUGGACCCAAUAAUUAUUAUGAGUUAGGGGCUGAAUUAGCAUGUUCAUGUGUUUUUCUCACUUUUGAUUUUGUCUUCUUUUCUCAACAUUUAGGAGACUGUGUGGUUGUGUCAGGUGGCUACUUCCGUGAUGUGUUGUGGUUCAGUGUUGACUGGGUCAGGAUGUACGAAUGUGGGAACCAGCGGUGGGUGGAGGGGCCAGCCCUGCAGAAGUCCAGGCACAGUCACUGUUCCAUAGGACUGGAUUCAGUACUGUAUGUCCUGGGGGGCAGUAUGGAUGAAGGGCUUGUGGCUGAUGUAGAAAAGCUGGUCCUGGGGUCAGAGGAGGGUUGGGAGGGGGUCAGCCCCAUGAUUAGGGCUGUGGAGAGGGCAGCCAUUGCCACUCUGGAGUCAUGUAUCUAUUUAGCGUGCGGCCUGGAUGAAAAUGGGGAGGUGUAUGGUGGAAUUCAGAGGUAUGCAGCAGAGGAGGAUCAGUGGGAUGUGGUAUCCUAUUCUCCAUUUCCACGAUAUGACUUGGUUUCCACUGAGCUCAAUGGUGCCCUCUACCUGUUUGGAGACCAAGCCUUGCGUUUUGAUGUGGAGACAGAUGAGUGGACGAUGCUUGAGGAGGACUGUCUCAACAGAACAUUCUUCUGUGGCUGCACCACUGUGAGCGGACAGAUAUACCUGGUCAGUGAGAGAAAGAGUAACAAAGCAUUCCCGAACAUGGUGUUGCUGGACCCUUACAUAGACACUUGCAUUGAGGUGGAUGAUACCAUACCCUGUCCUGUGCCCCUCAGAGGGUGUGUGACCAUGAGGAUGGUCACAUGAUGGUGUGUAAUGUAACUGAAUGAAAUGUAAUGAACAAGCAUUGUCAUUCUGCUGCUAAAGAAAGCACAGACAAAUAUAUUUUUGUUUUAUCUUCCACUUUAAAUGAAACAGCACUGUUGAGUUAUUAAAUGGAUUUCAUUUAUUAAAACUUUUCACCUGAUCAACCUGAUCACACAAUCAACAAAGCAUCCAUGGUGCACUCUUAAGAGAACAGUCAAGUGUUACUUCAGUGGAAACAUGACAUUUUUCCUGCAGCGAGUUUAAUAUGCAUUUUUGAUUAACAAUAAAUAAAUCUAAUGCAGGUC